GCACCGCACAUCACCCGAAAAAAAUGGCGCCCGCGUGGCAAGAAGUCGACCACGCUCGAAUAGAAAAACGAUGCGAGCUUGUACUAACCGGUGCGGAAAUCUCGAAAAAAAUCGAAGAGGACUCUUUCGACGUCUCCGUGUAUACUCUUUUUCACCUCAAUUUUUUAGAGGUAAGCCAUACGUGUCUGACGGCGAUGCCCGAUGGCAUCGCUCGUCUCGUCAACCUCACCCGGCUUGCGCUGAAUGCGAACCAGCUUUCAAAGUUGCCUCCUGAUUUGGGCAAACUCCGCAAGCUAAAGUUCCUCGACGUCUCUAGCAACGUUCUCGAGGAACUACCUGUCGAGCUGUCCAACCUCGGAGAACUGCAAAGCUUCAACGUGAGCAACAACCGGCUCAAGACGUUCCCCGACGAGUUUGCCAAGCUGACGCGCCUGAUUGUGUUCAACUUUUCCAGGAAUCAGCUUGAGGAAUUUCCCUCGUUUCUCUCUGGGGAGACCCGGUUCGAACAGCUGUCCGAGCUCGUAGCCAACAGCAACCGCAUAGAAACGCUGCCGGGCAAGCUGUCCAACACCCUGCCGUCGCUCAAAUUGUUCGAUCUCGCUAGCAACUCGGUGAAACAGGUUCCCGGCGAAAUUGGAGACAUAGGCAAGCUUAAGGAGCUCCUGCUGAAGGAUAAUCCGCUGAGUGACAAGCGCCUGAAGAAGUUGGUCGAACAGUGUCACUACAAGCAAGUCCUAGAAUACGUCAAAAGCCACGGUCCGCGAGAGUCGAAAAGCUCGGGGCUGGACAAGUCUGGUGCCUCCAAGAAAGGAAAGAAGAAAGGAGCCAGUGCGCCCGUCGACGUCCAGGAGGUGCAGAAUGCCUUUGAAGUGCUCCAACUGAGUUCCCAGAGCCCCACAGUGAUAGUCACCGACGCUGUGCAGGAAGUGAGGCCUUACAUUGUCUGCUGCAUCAUCCGGAACGUCUAUCUUGACCGAGACAACCGGCUUCGCAAGUUCCUUGCUCUGCAGAACAAAUUACACGAUACAAUUUGUGUGAAGCGAUCCGAGGCUACGAUAGCUACUCACGACCUUACGAAAAUAACUGGGAAUGUCUACUACGAUGCCAUCGAGCCUGACAAGCUAAAGCUUAUACCACUGGGAAGAAAGCAGGAGGUGACCGGCAAAGAGCUGUAUCGGCAGAUGACGGAGGAAGCAGAUGCCCUGCGCAAGGAGAAGAAGCGAAGCACCUACCCGGGAAUAUACAAACCCGCGUACAGUGCCUCCCGCGCCCCCGCGUACAGCGCCCCUUGCGGCACCGCUCACUUUUCGCCGGCCGGCACCGCACAUCACCCGAAAAAAAUGGCGCCCGCGUGGCAAGAAGUCGACCACGCUCGAAUAGAAAAACGAUGCGAGCUUGUACUAACCGGUGCGGAAAUCUCGAAGAAAAUCGAAGAGGACUCUUUCGACGUCUCCGUGUAUACUCUUUUUCACCUCAAUUUUUUAGAGGUAAGCCAUACGUGUCUGACGGCGAUGCCCGAUGGCAUCGCUCGUCUCGUCAACCUCACCCGGCUUGCGCUGAAUGCGAACCAGCUUUCAAAGUUGCCUCCUGAUUUGGGCAAACUCCGCAAGCUAAAGUUCCUCGACGUCUCUAGCAACGUUCUCGAGGAACUACCUGUCGAGCUGUCCAACCUCGGAGAACUGCAAAGCUUCAACGUGAGCAACAACCGGCUCAAGACGUUCCCCGACGAGUUUGCCAAGCUGACGCGCCUGAUUGUGUUCAACUUUUCCAGGAAUCAGCUUGAGGAAUUUCCCUCGUUUCUCUCUGGGGAGACCCGGUUCGAACAGCUGUCCGAGCUCGUAGCCAACAGCAACCGCAUAGAAACGCUGCCGGGCAAGCUGUCCAACACCCUGCCGUCGCUCAAAUUGUUCGAUCUCGCUAGCAACUCAGUGAAACAGGUUCCCGGCGAAAUUGGAGACAUAGGCAAGCUUAAGGAGCUCCUGCUGAAGGAUAAUCCGCUGAGUGACAAGCGCCUGAAGAAGUUGGUCGAACAGUGUCACUACAAGCAAGUCCUAGAAUAUGUCAAAAGCCACGGUCCGCGAGAGUCGAAAAGCUCGGGGCUGGACAAGUCUGGUGCCUCCAAGAAAGGAAAGAAGAAAGGAGCCAGUGCGCCCGUCGACGUCCAGGAGGUGCAGAAUGCCUUUGAAGUGCUCCAACUGAGUUCCCAGAGCCCCACAGUGAUAGUCACCGACGCUGUGCAGGAAGUGAGGCCUUACAUUGUCUGCUGCAUCAUCCGGAACGUCUAUCUUGACCGAGACAACCGGCUUCGCAAGUUCCUUGCUCUGCAGAACAAAUUACACGAUACAAUUUGUGUGAAGCGAUCCGAGGCUACGAUAGCUACUCACGACCUUACGAAAAUAACUGGGAAUGUCUACUACGAUGCCAUCGAGCCUGACAAGCUAAAGCUUAUACCGCUGGGAAGAAAGCAGGAGGUGACCGGCAAAGAGCUGUAUCGGCAGAUGACUGAGGAAGCAGAUGCCCUGCGCAAGGAGAAGAAGCGAAGCACCUACCCAGGAAUAUACAAGUACUUGUACCUGCUCAAGGACAAGGCCCUGUACCCUUUCCUGAGAGAUGAAUCGAAGCUGGUCAUCUCCUUCCCACCAAUGACAAACAGUGACGGAACGAGGAUCUGUGAACAGACGCGGGAUGUGUUUGCGGAAGUGACUGGCAACAACCUUCCAUUCUGCAAGAAGGUGAUGGACGCCUUGUUAACAGAGAGCCUUCAGCUUGGCCUAGGCAACGAGGAGACUCUCUCGGAAGCGGGAAGUACUGGCGACGGUAGUGCCACCACACAUAGGCUUCAAUUGGAGAAGGUCAAAGUAGUGGACAAGGAUGGAAACCUGCGUGUUGUGUACCCUUCUAAGACAGACCUUGCUUGCCCGGGAAUCGUCGUCGAGCAGCGGUCCGAGUGAAGUUGAUCGCACCUUUUUGUUUUUGAGGGGGUGGGCUUUACUGCCGCUGUUCCAGAAAAGGACUGGUAUGACGUUCCUGAUGCCCUGUGGGUGUCUGGCUAUUAAAAAUGUUUGCAAGCAAGACAGAGGUUCACAGAAAGCUUAUGUCUUAUUAAAGUGGUCAAACAAGGGCUGUCGCUGGAGCCAACAUUGCGACGAGGGUGCUUCUCCAUGGACAUCCCUUGUCCCAAACCAUGUUAAAAAUUCGGAUUUUUAAAGGGACACUAAAGGAAAAUAUUAAGCAGUGUUAGAUCGUCUAGAAGCCUAUCAUAAUUUAUUGUGUGCCGAUAUGUGACCUUGGUACGUUGAAAUGCUACCAAAGGCCCCACUACUGCUCCUCAACGGACCUUUCCAGAAAUGCACAAGCACCGUCAGCGCCAUCCGCACCACUGAUAGUUAGGCACAAGGCAUUGUUGGAAAAGGGAGUACCGAGCCACGUGCGGCUAGGACGCUGCAGGAAAGCGAACACGCCAAUCUUCGGCGUCCGUGGUGGCCGCCACUCUGACUGAUAGUUAGGCACAAGGCAUUGUCGGAAAAGGGAAGCACCGAGCCACGCACGGCUAGGACGCUGCAGGAAAGCGAACACGCCAAUCUCCGGCGUCCGUGGUGGCUGCCGCUCUGACUUCCCAUACUGCCUUGCGGCUGCCGCUGACAGUGCGUACACAUUUCUGAGAAGGUCUAUUUGAAUCGCCUGUGCCAAAACGGUUGAGUUGACAUAAUCCCCACAUGACCUCCCUUUCUGCUGAUCUCUCUAAAUCAACCACUGCUGAUUUCACAAGAGGUACUGUGGUCUAAAAUAGAUGGCAUCACUUUGACUUUCCAUUUUUGCUGUUUUCUCAUUUACAAAAGUUCUGUCCUUUCUACGAUUGACGAGUUCAUUAUUAAAGAAGCCCAAUUUUUCGGUCUAGCUCGACUUAAUAUUUUCUUUUAGCACCCCUUCAAAAAUUUUGCUGACCCAUCAUAGUCCUACAUGCAUACUGGAAAAAGAUUGCAAUAGCCAAGGCCAAAAGAAAGAGGUUGUGUUGCCCGUGGUGUGAGAUUCAGGAUGUCCGUACCAACGGUGCAAGGAAAGAGAGGAUUGGAUAUUUUGGUGACCAAUGCUUUUGAUGUAUAGCCGUGAAGAGGUGUGUAUCAAAGGUUGGGGCAAGGUGGGCAGGGUGACGUGGGGAGCUGUUUCAUUGCUGGAACAUUUCUUGGAAUAUUCAUAGUCCUUGUAACACCCACCAUCUAAAACGAGAUCAUGUUGGUGCAAGCCGAAAAAAAUUGCUACUCCCCCCCCCCUUACCUUCUUUAAAAGUUGUCUGUCUGCAAAAUUUAUGGUGUGUCAAACCACAUUUUCCAUGCCAAAGACUGUGGAUGGUAGGUGGUGAUGCCAUUUAGACUUGUAAUAGCUGCAGAUUUUUAGACAUUGUUCAAAAGAUAGGUGGAUCACAUUUUUAGUUAGGUGUAAACUUCUUUACAGCCACUAUCGCUGCUGACUAAAAGCAUUUUAUGCAGCUCGCGGCGCAUGAAGCAGGUCUUAUGCAUUUUUCUCUGGACACCAGCUGAUUGCAGCAAUUAAAUUCAUUCUUGGUUUCCGUGAAAUACACCUGCCAUGGCAGUUCUGCGUGAUGCUUUUAUUGGUUUCUUGAUGUGUAUAAUUUUAGCUCUUCUGAGCCCAUAUCUACACAAGCUUUGUUUUUUAAGUGCCUUCUACGAUUGGCCAUUGCCACAGCGCUUGUAACCACGCCAAUCGCAAUUCUGAGUGGCAGGCAACUCCAACAUCAUCCAAUCAAGAAAUUUUCUUUGAGGCUAACUGCUACGAAAUGUCAGACAGUGUAGUAAGCUUAUUUUAAAGGGACACUAAAGGCAAAUACUAAGUCAAACUGAAGUGAUGUAUUAGUGCUCGAGUAUCUACGCGUCAAUAUUAUCGCGAACAGGGCCUUAGUAAACGAGAAAUUGAGGUAAAUGUAGGACACGAUUAGAGACUCCCCCGGGACGUUCAAGUACUUGCCCAAUGAAGAAAGGCACUCCUCAUUUAAAUUCUGUUACUUGUAUUCAACCAUUAGCUAUAAAAACAUUGUAUUGAAUUAUAAGACGAAAGAAAAUGCAACUUGACCAGUUCUUUUACAUUUAAAAAAAAAAAAAACUUAUUGACAUUACAUUGUUGACGACGCGGGCGGUCGAAAGGUUUCAUUUUCGCACGCUUUUGCGUUUCAGUAGUUCCGUUAUCGCGUACUGCUGUGCUGGUUUUGAUAGCUCGCGAAACUCGCACAAAUAGUACGCUCUUAAAGUAGCGCUUUAUUUCAACUGCAACUUUAUGUUUACACCGUUUUGCCAAACAUAUAUAUUUGAGGCAUAAAUUAUACAACGCGACGUCUUCAAUUUUGCUGUCGUUGUCAAGCGCGUCGUUCUCCUAGCGAGCGCGUAUGUGGUUGCAAGUAGCAGUAGCAUCACGGGAUGCCCGAACAGUCCACGCCACUUGACCAAAAACAGCUGCAGCAGUCUACAGUGGCGCAUCGUACCGCCGUUUGUUCGGGCGCCGUUUUACUCAACGACAGCAGCAAAGGGUGGUGAUGGCGCAUGCAACGUCGCCACUCCGUGGGUGGCUUGGCGGGAGAUUUGAAUGGCCAUAAAAGUUUUCGGACCCUUCAGGUGGAAUUUUCUCAAAAACUAAGUCUUUUCUUUGCACGAAACAAGCGUGGGAAGGUUUCUGGAAUGGUAUUUAAGCAGUCCACGUCGACUUAGAAUUUGCCUUUAGUGUCCCUUUAAGAUAGUCUUGAUAUAGAGUUGCCUCCAUUCGAAAUUUUUUUGUCUGAAGCACAAGUGGAUUCGUCACAAAAGGAAAAAAAUUGUCACAUGAUUUUUUUUUUAAUUUAGUAUCGGUCUCAAAACUUCUUAAGGUGUGCUAGAAAUUAUGCACAACCUAGACCAUUGAGAACCUCUGCAGCUCAUGGGCAUGGCCUCCAAGAUUGCGGCACCCACAGCAUGCUGAAGAUCUGCUAAACACCAUACGUACUUGUCUGCUUACACGAGACAAUUAGACAAUUACCAGCCUUGCAGCAUUGCCAAGAUUGCUUUAGUGGUGUAUUCUAAGCAAUUGUAAUCAAUUUAGCCAAAUUGAAGUUUCAUUUAAGUAAGAGACGAUUUUUUGUAUAAAGGCUGGUGUUGAUACAUCAUUUGUAUUGUGGAAAGGGUAGGCUGAAAGACAACGGGGGCUGUUUUCUUGGAUGGUCAGUUUCAGGAUUAUACAUUCACUUAUGCGAGAUUUUGCAUGACUAGCGCCAGACACAUCAGCACCUAUGAGCGACGGCAUUCUCGGCACAGAGCCUAGGAUGCUGUCACCCGUGUACGCUGAUGCUUCCAGUGAGUAUCACCACAAGUGAUCAUCCAAGAGUACCACCUCAGGAGUAUGUGGUUUCUUAUGCGUACUUAAUCGUUUGCCAUUCCUUGAAUCAGUGUAAAAAGAGAGUAGAGCCAGAGUAAGAACGUUGGUUUGUCCGCAGAAGGCUACCUGUUAUGGCAUAACUAUGUGGCUGCUAAAAAUUGCUUUCUGUGUGCACUGGGCAUGCAAGAUUGUUGCGGUGUCUUUUUUUUUUUUUUUCAAACCCAAAAUGCAAUUGCCCUUUUUUAAGUCGAACAA